CGUGGCUUCGCUCACCGCUCCCCUCAGGCCCCGCCCCUCCACGCCCAAGCCCCGCCCCCUCCGCUGGCCCCGCCCCCUGCGACCGCAACUUGGCUCUAUUCGAGGAUGAAUUGGCCACCCGGCCCCGCGUGCCCGCCCUGCUGCGUCGCAUCGCUGCGUACAGCAGCCUCAGCCCUGGCAGUGAGGACGGGCAGCCCCCGCGCCGGGCUUUGGGGACGCUGCGGGGGGUCGCAGCCCCCUCCCUGCAGACCCUGCUGGGGUUGCUGCUGGUGCUGAGGCUGCCGUGGCUGGUGGGAGCCGGGGGGGUCCUGCAGGCCUGCAUCGUUGGGGUGCUGAUGGGAGCCUGUGCUGUGCUGACCGCGCUGUCCCUGAGCGCCGUGGCCUCCAAUGAUGUCGUGCCUGGGGGGGGACCCCUGGCAGUGCUGUGGGGGGCUCUGGGACCCGAGGCCGGAGCAGCUGUGGGGCUUUGUGCCUUCCUGGGGGCUGCGUUCACCGCUGCUGCUGCUGCGCUGGGGGCGGCCGAGCUGCUAACGCUGUAUGUCCUGCCCCCGGCGGCCAUCUUACCUCUCUCCUUGCUGAACCUGGGCCGCAGUUACGGCUCGGCCCUGCUGGCCCUGCUGGGAUUCGGGGCCGCAGCCCCACACGGGACCCGGCUGGCCCCAUUGGGACCCAUCGGGAUGGGGCUGGUCCUGCUGGCCCUGCAGGUCGGGGCCAUGAGAGCGGCGCUGCCCGGAGCGUGGCACGGGCUCUGUCUGCCCCUCCCCAAUUCCCCCCCCGCCCCACUGCAGCCCUGCCCGCCCCGCAACUCCAACAGCAGCUCCAGGGACCCCGAAACCCCCCGGCCGGCCGUCCCAGGGCCCAACACCCACCUGCUGGCCCGCAACUUAUGGCCCCCAGAGCCCUCAUGGGACACUGGGGAGGGCAGUGCCAGCUUUGGGCUGCUGCUGGGUCUAAGCCUGCCUACAGCCUGCGGGGUGCUGUGGGGCUGCAGCCAUGCAGCAGAGCUGAGGGACGCCGCCCAUUCGGUGCCUGCGGGGAGCAUCGGGGCUGCGGUGGGGUGUGCUGUGGGGUAUCUGAGCUCAGCACUGCUCUUGGGGGCCUCUGUGGAGGGGCAGCUGCUGCGGGACAAGUUCGGCUCCUCGCUCUCCUCGCGCCCGGUUCUCUCCUCGCUCUCGUGGCCCCAUUGGCUGCCGCUGCUGGGGGCGGGGCUGGCGGCGCUGGGGGCGGGGCUGACGGCGCUGCUGGGGGCGGCGCGGCUGCUGCGGGGCCUGGCCAGGAGCAGGGCGCUGCCGCUGCCGCACGCCGUGUCCUCCGCUGACCGCUGGGCUCUGCUGCCCGCCCUGCUGCUGGCAGAGCUGGGCGUCCUGCUGGGCUCCUUGGAUCUGCUGGCACCCGUCCUGUCCGUGUUCAUCCUGACGGGUUAUUUGUGCCUCAACCUCUCGUGUGCAGUGCAGGGGAUGCUGCCCAGCCCGGGGUGGAGCCCGCGCUGCCGCCUCUACCACUGGGCGCUGUCGCUGGCCGGCUCCCUGCUGUGCCUGGCGCUGCUGUUCCUCACCUGCUGGUUCUACGCCCUGCCGGCGCUCUGCAUGGCGGCCAUGCUCUACAAAUACGUGGAGUAUUGCGGCGCUGCCUCUGAGUGGGGCGAGGGGCUGCGGGGGCUGCAGCUCAGCGCUGCCCGCAUUGCGCUGCUGAGCCUGGAGGAGGGGCCGGAACCUACAAACAGCUGGAGGCCGCAGCUGCUGGUGCUGCUGAAGCUGGACUCAGAGCUGCGCGUGUCGCAGCCGCAGCUGCUGGCUCUGGCCGCUCAGCUGAAGGCCGGCCGGGGGCUGCUGGUGGCUGCAGCCGUGCUGCAGGGCAACGCGGGGACCGGGCAGGGGGAGGCCAGGGCGGCCGAGCAGUCUCUCCGCUCCGCCCUGGCUUCGCUCGGCGCCCGCGGUUUCGUCCACGUUUCCGUGGCUCCCCGGGAGCGGGAGGCGCUGGCGGUGUUGGUUCAGGGCUGCCGCCUGGGGGCGCUGCGACCCAACUGCGUGCUGCUGGGGUGGCCGAGGGGGGCGGCGCUCAGGGAGGAUCCGGCGGCGGCCACAGAGUUUGUGGAGCUGCUGAGGGCUGCGGGGUCCAACGGCCGCGGGUUGCUGGUGGCCAAAGGGCUGAUCAUGGGGCCGUCUAUAGGGCCGUCUUUGGGGUCAGGGCCAUCGGGGCCCCCCCUGGACGUGUGGUGGGUGGUGGGCGAUGGGCGCCUGCUGACCCUAUUGCCCCUCCUGCUGCGCCAACACCCGUCGUGGCGGGGCUGCCCGGUGCGGCUGUUCACGGUGGCGCUGCUGGAGGACAACAGCGUGGCUCUGAGGCGCCUGCUGGAAUCCUUCGCGCGGCGCCUUCGGCUCCCGGCCAGCACCGAGGUGGUGGAAUUGCACGACAGCGCCGUGUCCGCCUACACCUACGAGCGGACGCUGAUGAUGGAGCAGCGCUCGCAGAUGCUGCGCCAGAUGAGGCUCUCUGCACGGCAAGGAAGCUCCGCCCCAUCGCAGGCAUCGCAGAGCGGCGGCGAGGAGGAGGAGGUGGGGGGGAGCGGGGCCAAAGUGAUGGGACCGUGUCCGGCCAACGUGCGCCGCAUGCACGCAGCGGAGCGGCUCAAUGACGCCAUCGUGCGGCGAUCGGCGGCAUCGCGCCUCGUCCUCCUCGAUCUGCCCGCACCGCCGCCGCCACCGCGGCCACGGGAUGACAACUAUGUGGAAUUCCUGGAGGUGCUGACAGAGGGACUGGGACCGGUGCUGCUGGUGCGGGGGGGGGACCGCACCAGUAAGGACCAGUAAGCACCAUGGGACCAGUGCUCCCAGUAUGGAUCCCAGUGCUCCCACUACGGCACCAGUGCUCCCAGUAUGGAUCCCUGUACACUGAAGGCCCUCCCAGCGCUCCCAGUACACUACCAGUGAUCCCAGUAUGGAUCCUAGCACAUUGAGGGUGCUCCCAGUAUGGAUCCCAGUAUACUGAGGGCCCUCCUAGUACAACACCAGUGCUCCCAGUAUGGCACCAGUGCUCCCACUGUGAAUCCCAGUGCACCCAGAACCCCCCCCAAUAAACUCUUCUCCCACCCCCGCUGCCUCCUUU